AUGGGAGUCGGGGUUGAGGCUUUGCAGGUUGGGAGUUGGAACAAGGGAAAAUCAAAGGGGAAGCAUAAGAUUGAGGAGGGAGAUGAAAUUAAAGGUUGUUGGAUGAAGUUUAGGUUCAUGGGGAGAUGCUUGUCUCCAAAGACCAAAAUGGAUAAUUCUACCAGUGGAACUAGCACACAAUAUGAAGAUAGCAAGUCUACAAAUGACACAAUCUACAACCAUGCAGUAGCUCCAGGUGCUUUGUCUUCAACUACUAGUAACACAGAAAGUGCUUUGUCCACUCCCAAAGCACCUGAGGAACUGAUAGUUGCUUCUCAGCUUCGAAGAUUCACCUUCAAUGAGCUUAAGUCAGCAGCAAAGAAUUUUAGACCUGAGAAUCUUUUGGGGGAAGGCGGAUUUGGCUGUGUAUACAAAGGCUGGAUCAGUGAGACUGGAACGUCUCCAACAAAACCUGGUAUCGGGCUUCCCGUCGCUGUAAAGACUCUGAACCAUGAUGGACUUCAGGGCCACAAAGAAUGGAUGGCUGAAGUUAUUUAUCUUGGUGAAUUGCUCCAUCCUAACUUAGUCAAAUUAGUUGGAUAUGGCAUCGAGGAUGAUAAAAGAUUACUUGUGUAUGAGUUUAUGCCUCGAGGGAGCUUGGAGAAUCACCUCUUUAGAAGGAACUUGCCUCUUCCUUGGUCCAUCAGAAUGAAAAUAGCUCUUGGUGCUGCAAAGGGUCUUGCAUAUCUUCAUGAGGAAUCUGAAAGACCGGUGAUUUUUCGAGAUUUUAAAACAUCUAACAUCUUAUUAGAUGCGGACUACAACGCCAAGCUUUCUGAUUUUGGGCUCGCUAAAGAUGGUCCAGAGGGAGAAAAAACCCAUGUCUCCACCCGAGUGAUGGGCACUUACGGUUAUGCGGCACCCGAGUAUGUUAUGACAGGUCACCUUACUUCAAAAAGUGAUGUAUAUAGUUUUGGGGUGGUUCUGCUUGAAUUACUGAUUGGACGAAGAUCUAUGGACAAAAAUCGACCCCAAGGAGAGCACAACUUGGUGGAGUGGGCACGCCCACAUCUUGGAGAUAGGCGAAGAUACUACCGACUAAUAGAUCCUCGACUUGAAGGUCGCUUCUCAAUUAAAGGUGCUGAAAUGGCAUUUCAGUUGGCUGCCCACUGUCUUAGUCGUAACCCAAAGGCUAGACCUCUUAUGAGUGAAGUUGUUCAAGUGAUCAAGCCUCUGCUGCACCUCAAGGAUCAAGCAUAUUCCUCAUCUCACCCCCAAGGCAUGCACACAGAGCGUCCUGGUUCCAGUCCCAACUUUAGAAAUGGCCUUUGGGUUCCGGCAAGGAAUGGACAACCAUCUAGAAGUCAGUCUCUACCAAAUGGUCCCAAUGUCUCACCAUAUCACCUUAGCCAUCCUCACCGCUCUCUACCAAAUGGUCCCAAUGUCUCACCAUAUCACCUUAACCAUCCUCACCGAUCACCCAAACCAUCUACAGCUAAGUCCCCCAAAACUACACCAAAAUCACCCAAACCUGCUACUGCUUGA